AAAACGCGUGCACCGAGACGACGAAGGUGGUAGGAGUACGAGCCUGGAGUCGGGCAAUAUGGCCGGACAGAUGUGCAUAGGUAGGGUGUCGGGGUGGUGUUAGUGCCGUACGUUAUUUAUGUCGAACUACCGCAAAUCCUGCCCGAAUCUCGCGUGUUUUCAUGGGAUCGGUGAUAUACUGUGCAGAAGCAGGAAUACGGCUUGCAUGAAGGCAUAGCAUACGCUUCCGAGUCAAACAAACAUGAACGAAGUGAGCAUAUCGUCCGCUCGCGCGUCGGUAAUGGUGUACGAUGAUGUUAAUAAAAAGUGGGUACCGAGCGGCAGCUCUUCGGGACUAUCCAAGGUCCAGUUGUAUCACCAUCAGGUGAACAAUACGUUUCGUGUGGUCGGAAGAAAGCUGCAGGAUCACGAGAUCGUCAUUAAUUGCGCGAUUCUCAAGGGACUGAAAUACAAUCAGGCUACUGCCACGUUUCAUCAGUGGCGAGAUAACAAGCAAGUAUACGGUCUGAACUUCUCCAGUAAGGAUGACGCGGACGCAUUUGCCAAAGCGAUGCUGCAAGCGCUCGAUGUGUUGAGCAAUGGAAGCAACAUAUCGAGAAGUCUUGCGCCCGCCUCUGCCACGCAGCAGCAACCCGUUUUUCAACAACAGCAACCGACCAAUGCUCAAUACGACGAAGACAUGGGAUACAGAACGAUGACCAGGGAGGAUGUAGCAAUAAUUCAAGAGCGCAGAAUGUCUCAACAGAGUCAAGCAACAAAUAGUCCGAAUGCAAUUUCGCCGAGUUGUCCCGUCGCCUCGCAGCAGCAGCAGCAGCAGCCUCCUUCACAACAGCAACAGCAACCUACUCAACAGUCCGUGCAGCAGCAGCAGCCACAGCCUCCAGCGCCACCACCGCAACCACAACAGCAACCACAACAACCGCUUCAACAGCAGCCGCAAUCCGGUCACCAUAGAACUUCUUCGGCGCCACCCGCUCCACAGCCUCAGCAAUCCGUGAUGCAGUCGAUGCAGCAGCAGGUAACUGGAAGCAUGGGGUCCGGUGUGGGACAAAUGUCGAACGUACCUCCGGUGCCGCCUCCUCAACCUCCCAUGGCCCCCCCGUGUCCACCGGCGAUGAUGAACUUUAACGCACCGGUGCCGCCGCCGAUGAUGAUGAAUCAGUACGCGCAGUCCCCAUCGUCCCAGUCGAAUCUACCCGGUCAGUCUCAAGCGCAAUCGAUCUACGCCAGCAAUCAGGGGAACCAGUACGGAGGAGCACCGACCAACGGUCAGUACGCGAGCACCGGCGUGGUCGGUCAGAGUCCGUGUCAGUAUGCUUCCGGGAAUCAGAACAACUUCUACGGCAACAACGGGCAAGUUAGCAGCGCGUAUCCCGGCGGGCAACCGGGCGCUAAUGCUGGCGGUAGUCAGUACGGAAGUAGCAAUUCCAUCGGGCAGUACGCCAGCAGCGGGGCAGCGACGACGAGCCAAUACGGGGUAGGUGUCGGUAUAAACGUCGGUAUCGGCCAACCGAAUCAGUCUCAGUACGGCGUUGUGUCUCAGGCACAGGCACAGUACGGGCCCGGUCAGAUGCAAGCGGUAUCAAGCGCCACGAAUCCGUACGGAACGCCGUCGAACGCGGUGAAUCAAUAUAGCAGCGCCGCCGGCGGUGCCAGCGGGGGUGGUGCUGGCAGCGGUCCCGUACCCCCGGUUAAUCCUAAUAUCUAUGCUCCUGUCGGCAGUGCCGGUCCUCAACCACCACCCAUGGGGCCGUUGACCGGUCCCGCGCCACCUCCGCCUCCGCCUCCACCUGCUCCUAAGGUUAACGCUACCGGCUUGAAUCCUCUUUCCGGCUCCGGUUCCACUGGGUCGGUCAGUUCCGUAGCCAACAACGAACCGGCACCAGAUUCCAAUUCCUUGGCUGCUGCGAUUCAAGCGACUCGUCUUAAAAAGAAGCAACAGGCGGCACAACAACAAGUGGAAAACAGUGGUUCCAGCACCAGUAGCAGUGGAAGCGCUGGGAACAGCGGAAAUUACGGUACGCUGGGCAGGGGCGGGGGCGGCGGUAUUGCUUCCAUGAUGGACGAGAUGGCUAAAACUUUGGCUCGUAGACGAGCGGCUGUCGAGAAGAAACAACCCGAGCAACCACAGGAGCCUGACAGUUCACCCGAUAAGAAAUCAUGGGACAAGAACAACUCGAACAAUAAAUUUUCGAACGGUGCCGAGUCGCCCAAAUCGGUUCGCAAGAGGUUUGGUUCUGCUUCCGAGGAUACUCUGCUCAAAGUGAAUGGAGUCAACGACGGGGCUAUCCUCACUGCUCAAGAGAUGGAAGCGUUCAAGGCCGAGAUCAUUAAGGAAGUGCGCAAAGAGUUUCAAAAGAUGAAACAGGAAAUCGUGGAUGCUGUCAGAGCAGAACUGAUUAGAAGAUAAAGAUGCGACGAUGGACCAGAGUCUGAAGUGAGAAACGAAUAUUCUACCACCGUGUAGAUCAACCGAAACGAUCAUCGACAAGUCGCGUACAUGACUUUUUUUACUAAACAUUUGCGAAAUGAAAAUGGAAUGCAGUUAUACCCCAUGUAUAUCAGACAUGUUUGUGUGUAAGUACGUUAUAUCUAAUCUAGCUUUUUAAGUGAACCGUACCCAUUCUGUCGUUUACCGAGACGAACGGUAAACGACACGAUGAAUUUGGAUAACAAAGAUGCUGCCAAUUCGAUGCGCGACACAUUUCGGGUCACCCACGCAUUUGGAUGCGUAUUAAUAUUCGGUGGUAUCGUACAAUUUCUGCUCCGUUAAUCGACCACGAAUACCGUGCUCCCUGAUCCCGAUAAGUAUUAUCCGUAUAUCGAAUCGAGCAAACCUAGCUUGACGCAACGUAAUGCUGAUCCCACGCACAACGGAAAACACUUGCGUUUCAAUCUAUGUAAAUAUCACGGAAUUUAUAUAUACACAUGAAAAUGAACAAAAGAGAUUCCUCUAGUCUAAGGCGCGUUACUACACGAAAAUUCAAUCUUUCUUCCGCGAUCAUGGUGCGGCUACUUAUCGCUUUUCCUCCCUUCGGAACGCGCGUCAUGUUUUUAUCAACAUCGAAUCCCUGGCUGGUUUUCAGCAGUACAUACCACCAUUUCCGUGUACAGAUAUCACUGUUAUGCUCACAGAUCGAUAUACAUUCCAAUUCCAAGUCAAAGUCAGUCAGUUUCGGUAUCGUAAAAGCAGAGAUUAGAAUAGACUCGAUCGAUCGAUUAUCAGAGAUUUGAUAAAAUGGGUUAUCGAUCGAUGACACACACAUUUACUGAACGAACUCCAAGAAUUUUACAUUGACGCAUCAUUGAUCGCUAAUAAUCUCAAAAUUCGAUGUAUGAAAGAAGGCGAUCGUGUUUGCUACCGAUACUGUAUACUACUCUCCGUUCUUAUAUUUUUUUAUCGUCCAUCGUACGAUUCUCAAUAAAAGAAAUGAGAAGAUCAACGUUGCAGUUCAUAUAUAUUCUAUGUAUUUAUAAUAUAGCCGUAUAAUGCGCUGAUCUGCACCGGCUUUAUUGGCAUCAUUGCAUUUACCAAAAAUACGAAAAAUAAUAAGGAGGCGAAGAGAGUGCGAGAGGUGUAGCGAGAGAAAGACGGAAAAGAAAAAGACGAUAGUCGUGCCCAUUCCUCGCAGCGUUUUCGAACGAUAUGUCUUAAUCAUACAGCGAUAUCAAGGCCAUUCGAUUUACGAUCUAUAAAAUAUUAUACGAAGUCUGAAUGAUGCACGAUGAGAAAUUCAUAACUACAUCAUCCUUUUUUUCUUUUCUCUUCCUCUUUUUUUACGAAACGGACUUGCGGCAGACUGAGCACUAAAUUAAUGCACUAAUUAAAAGCGCAAUGGCGUAACGUUUAAGUAUUAAUACUAAAUUUUUAAUCUCAACUCUUUCUAGUCGUCUAAGAAAACUAACGAUAAAAUUGAUUGACACUGUCAAUAUCACACCGUGGGAUUAGUUUAUCUAUUUAAGACGGUUCUUUUUCUCGAUAUGUUUGUCCAUCCUAUCGCACAUAUCCGCACAAGUAUUAUUCUUUCAAGAAAAUUAUCCGUGUUAAGGUUUCCGUUCAAAUUCCGAUCGAUCGUCGAUGUUUGUACAAUUUUCUGUGACAAAGAUGAUGAAUCCCUCGUUGAAUUUCGAGAAAACGAUCGAUCGUACUAUAACGUACAUACAGGGCGAAUCACUAAGGAGCAUUUGAAGUAAACAAUUAUUUAUUGAUUCGAUUAACAGAAAUUUUAAGAUAGCGCUUAUCGAUGUAUAUAAUAUAUUCAUCUUCCAAGGCUCUAUAGCGAAAUGAAUUAGUAAACGACAAUUUGAAGCGACGCUUCGUACUGGUUCACCCUGUAUGUUCGUACGGCGCCGAGCAAUAACCUACCGAACUGAAUAAAAUGAUACUCUACCGUAACGAUAAGUAACAGACCGUGUUCCGGCAAAAUUGUUUCUUUGCCGUUCGAUGCAUUUUACAUUUUUGAACACAUUCCGCUGUUUGACGAUUGUACAAUUUUUCAAGUUUUCUACGUUCACCCGAAAAUGCUUUCCGUUUCUACGAACUACUUUUUCAAUGAACAAACAAAACUAAAAAAAAUGUAAUGUAACAGUUGUACACGAUCGCGUUGCGUCGUUUUUUUAAAAGAACAACGAUCCCCGACGAAGGCUCUCUCGUUCGAAGAUGCAAAGACUAUGUAUCUUUCAAAGAUGUUCGACGAGCAGGUGGAGAGCAGGUAUGAGAUUGCACGUGUGCAUGGAUGAUUGCUGCGUGAAUGAAUGCGUGUCUGUUCACGAACGCGAAUGUUCGAUGACGGUAUGUGACGUGAGGAGAGAGAGAAGAGUGGGCGCGGCACGCUUCUUGGGAGAAGGUGAAUCGCAGCGGGGUACGAUUACUGCUAAUCGAGGAGAAGCGAACUAGUAUUAGAAGCAUUUAUAUUAUAUUUAACAUAUGUAUAUUUAUAUAUACAUAUAUCAUACAUGGAUAAUUUUAAUAUGAUAAAGCGCGAGCAUAAAAAGAGUGUUUGUUACGAUUGAAAUUAUUUAAGAAGCGCAAAAAAAAUGAAAAAAAAAAAAUUGAGAGCUACGAUUUUCGCGACACGUCGAUGAAAAUCAAGAGAGAGAGGUAAUACCGUGUCCAGGGCCAUUAUAAACAGUGUGUAUUAUAAUUAUUGUAUCAGCAGCAAACAAAUACACAUAUGAUAUAAAAAGAAAUUAAUGCGUGAAACGGUAUUUUAUAUUGUAUCAUGCGACGCAGCGGCAACGAGAAAUCGAAUCUGAGCCUUUCUCCUUUUCCGAUCAACCCUCUUCCAUGGUCACAGAUUUAUCCUUUCUCUGUCCAAAGACAACGAUUCCUCUUUAAGAUUUUCAUGACUUUUUUGACUAAUCGUCGAGUCUCGUCGCCGUUUCCUGUCGUUGUUUAUAUGUAAAUCUAAUAACAUGACACGUGGCAAUCAAGAGCAUUUAAUGAGCAUGAAUACAGCAACUUCGAUGCGAACUGAAGAUGAUCUAGCGACCGUUCCUACUGCAUUCAGUGGAACGGCCGCAUCCCUAGCAAUAAAAAUGUAGCUAGGAGAGAACGUCGAUAAUCGCCCCUUCGUAAAACUGCGACAGAGUUGGGCACACGAAUUGGAACCGAAAUCUCAUUGACGGGAAUCCGGUCAAUAUCAAUAAUUCCCCUGCCGUUGUAUACGCUGUUCGCCCAACUCUGGAUUACAACGACGGAAUCCUAAACUGAAGAGGGAAGAACUCGACGAGGCCGCGUAGCGUAUUUUAUUAGUUUUAAGCGACCGCGAUUGAAGUUUGUACGAAAUACGAUUAGCAGCGUUUAAUUUAAAAAGGCAUGCCGAAGUUCCUUCGGAUUCUUGAAAAUAUUUGUAUGUAAAUGAAUGACGAAAUAAAAGAUAUACGCCCGAAA